AUGUCGUUCGAUCAGCCCAUUGGCGCCCCCUUCACUUUGGCAUCGCUGUCCAAGCCCGUCGGCUCUACAAAUGGAUGUGUGCACGCUGCUGGCGUCUGCAGCAUUAGCGGCAUCAAGAAGAGGAAGCGCACCGAGAUCGCUGUCGGCGUAGACGGCGAAGGCGUGUCAAUUUACAGUCUCCAAAAUCCCCAACUUGUAACUUCAUAUGCGCUGCCGCCCAGCGCCACUUUUACAACCGCUCCAUACUCCAUAUACCGAAAAGGCCCUUCCAAGACACCAGCGCAUCGCUUCACAUACGCAUCUCUUACUGGCUCUUCGCCUGCUGAUAAGCCGCAACUCGUCUGUUUUCACGACAAGACCAAUGGAGAGCACACCGAAACCAUAAAGACGACUUAUACUCCCUCUGCUGCUGCGCGGAUUUCCACAUUCGACUCGCUUCCUGUGGCUCCUGGCGGUUCCUCGAAAGAUGCGACUCAUGAUAUCCUUGCGACCUUUGACAAUGGCGAUGUCAUCUGUCUUUCUGCAGACCUGGACACGGUCAGAUGGACUGUAAACCUUACAUCAUUCGUUUCUUCUGGAGACUCUCAGGCCGCUAUCGAAUACAUUACACUUGCUAGCGCCAGGUCUGUGACACGGGGAUUACUCCGAAGCCGACAGGACGUUACAACAAUUUUGGACCCUACAGCAGACAACACAUCCGAUCUUCUUGACCUUGUUCAGGUGCUCUGUAUCCUUGGUCGCAAGACAGAUGGUGCGAGAGCCCUGACACUUUUGCAAGUACAGCCAAGGUCUGCAGAUCUUACCACCACUCAGCUCUCGCCCGUAAAGCACUUGCUCGCCUUGGACCUUCCUGCGCCGUCGAAAACAUUCCUUUCUCAGAGCAGUUCUACACAGAUUACCCUACACGCAUCUAGCGGCGCGCUCUAUUUCAUCAUCAAGGGAACACUGAUUUCUUACGAUCUCUCUGGAACUGUACCAAAGCUUUCUUCUGAGUUCGUUCUUCCUGCGCCAGGCGUCGACGCAUUCCUACGAACCGGACAGGAUGUGAUCUUUACUACAUCGCAAGAUAUGUGCAGAGUGUUCGACGUAAAAUACAAUUCUUUACAAGCUUUGCAGUCAAUGGUCGCCGGCUCUUCUGAUUCGGACCUUACCAGUCCCUCAAAGAAGAGGAAGCACGCACAGCCAGAGACCAGUGAACAUUCAGCGUCCCCUUGCAGUCUGGUGGCCUACUACGCUGACAUUGGACUGGUGGUAGCUGUCCGAGAGGAUGAGGUCUUCGGCAUGCAAUUUGGAGGUGCAGCACCUCGGAAGCGAGCCAAAACUGAGGGCACUCUACUUAUCGAUGCUCUUGGAAAAGGCAUUGCACCGGAACGAAAAAUUGUUACAGGAAUUGAUGGCCAAGCUUGGCAAGAGAGGAAGUGGAAACUCAACAAAUACGCUGCCAAGGGCAAGAUUACAAAGUUUGAACAACACUUCGCCGCAGAUCUGGGCAUUGAACUCGAGAGUGCCGAAAUAGCACAGAAACGUGGAAAUGAGGUUUCGGGCGGACCGUUGACUAACGGUGGUGGACCAAGCCUUCCGGAAGAUGACGCCAUGGUCAUCGACAAGCUUGAUGAGGAGCCCGCGAAGGAUGAACUACCUCGAUGGAAGAUGCCCAUUGCUGUUCCUGGACAUCAAAGACAGCAAUAUCGUCAGUAUGCACUGUAUGCACUAAGUAAGAUAUUCUACUGUACAGAUGCUAGCGAAGCCGAUCAUGAACCUCGGGGAGUUUUGAAGAUUGGUUUCUUCCCACCCAACGUCUUCCAGUGGCUUCUGCAGACCGGCCAUCUUAGCAAGGAGUCCAUUCGUCGAUCACUCCUCGACGAAGCAAACGGCCAGAUUCAGUCAGUGCCGACUAUCAUUGACGGUGAUAUUGUCAAGGCACUUGUUGAUUACGAUUCUGAUUUGCACAUACUCUCUGCUGUCUUGAACCACACUCAAUUCCUUCCAAUCGGCGAAGUCGUCCAGGCUAUCAAGCUUCUCAUCCAGAGUAUAGAUGACGAGCCGGAGCAAGCUCAAGAAACGAAGCUAUUGACCAAUGGUACUGCACCAGCCGAGGCCGAGAUGGAUGUCGAUUUCGCCUCGGAGUUAGAGGCAGCCUCGCAUGAAAUCGACCACGCCCUGUCAGUUCUCGACCAUGGUCUCCUGACCCGGAGUCACACCUUGCGACCUGCACUCAUUCGACUGCACACUUUCCCUGCCUCGAUCAUCAGCUCAACACUUCGAUCCAUGCUGCCACGACGGGAUCUCGAAUCACUCAUUCGCCUCUUGCAUCUUGAGUUGAAGAAUGGAGGCUGGUCAUCACCAUUGGGCUUCGUUGAUUUCGAAACCGCUGGUGGUGACAAUUCUGGAGAAGAUCCGGAUGAUCAUGCUGUUUCUAUUAUUGCUUCCCUACUUUCGAGCACGCUUGAUGCCAUUGGCGCCGGAGCUUGGCUCGCGUCGGUCGGCUCAACCUCUGGAUGCGAAAAUGGUGACGGCAUGCUCAAAUCAUUGAACAAGGACGCAUCCGUCGCUCUCAGUGGUUUCUUUGAAGCGCACUUCAUUCGUGGUCUACUAUCUGAGUUCCUACGCUACGCAUCUACGGUGCCCGCUUCAAACAAGCCUUCCGUUCAGACUUUGGAGAUCCAGGGCAAGCCAUUUGGAGUCACAGGUAAACUGAAUCGAGAGGAGGAUCUGCCUAUGUUGCCGCUCGGCGCAAAGGCAGACCAGGGUGUAGAAAAGAUGAAGAAUAGUAAAGGCGGCAAGAAGGAGCAGCGGAGCAAGCGGGAAAUGGGCAUGCUCAUCAGUAAAAAGGUGCCAAAGUACAGCUUCGAGCGCAUUGUCGUUUGA